UGUUUUUGUUCCCGCCCUCUGCAUCUCCAUCUCGACGACGUAACGCUGAGCAAGGUUUCUAGGCUGGAUCGAGGCUGCGGGAUCAUCGCUGCUGAGACGUUUAUGCUUGUCCUGAUUUAGGCAUCCUAUUGAAUAGUUGUUGACUUCUUAAUCUGUCUGUCUGUCUGUCCAAAAUGGGUUGCGCUGGAUUCACCUGCUCCAAGCACUCCCUGUGCGCGCUCAACAUCCUCUAUGUUAUGGUGAGCCUGCUGAUGAUUGCAAUCGCAGCAUGGGGGAAGUGGUUCGGUCUGGUCUCCAGUUUCCAGGUAGUGGGUGGCGUCAUUGGAGUUGGCGUCUUCCUCUUCUUUGUGGCUCUGGCCGGUCUCAUCGGUGCCGUGAAGCACCAUCAGGUCCUCCUCUUCUUUUACAUGAUCAUCCUGUUCAUGGUGUUUAUCGUGCAGUUCUCUGUUUCCAGUGCCUGUCUGGCUAUCAACAAAGAGCAACAGGAUCAUCUGCUGGAGGUGGGCUGGAAUAACUCCCGCAGCACUCAAAAAGACGUGGAGAAGACGCUCAACUGCUGCGGCUUCCGACAGGUUGACCUCAACGCCACCUGCCGCGCCGCUUGUUUCCCCAAUCACUCCUGUUUGCCGUGCGCCGAUAAGAUCCAGGAACACGCCGAUGAAGUCCUGCGUUUUGUAGGAGGGACUGGCCUCUUUUUCAGUUUUACUGAGAUUGUGGGCGUGUGGCUGACGUACCGCUACAGGAACCAGAAGGACCCCCGAGCAAACCCCAGUGCGUUCCUCUGAAAGCUGCUUCAGUCCCAUUUCGACCUUCUUGACCUGUAAAUAUGCGGCAAUGUGCUUUGAUUUUGAAAGAUGGUAACCACGGGAACUGAAAUGUCUCUUUCUGGAGAUUCUGCUUUUGUGUCUUAACACUGCUGUCACUCCACUCCAAUCCAUUUAGUUCAGAACGUUCUGCUGUUUCAUCGCAAAGU